AUGACUGAUGGCGAGGGGAGAGCGCGCUUUCAGUACGCAGAGUGCCCGGAGGGGCAGGAGCAGGAGGAGGUGCGGGAGGAGGUGAGGCUCGCUAUACCGACGGCCUGCAGGAAGGACGCCCCGGGUCAUGAUGCUGACCCUGGAGGAAGCUGUGACGAGGAGGAGGAGGUGGAGGAGGAGGUGGAGAGGAAGAGGAGGGGCAGUAGUGGUCGGGGCGAAGGAGGAGGAUGGAGUCCUGAGGUUCAAGAGCAUGAAGACCAGGAACCGGAGCUGGAAGUGGAGGUCGGGCCAACACUGGGCGUUCGCAUCACGGCUCCCAUUCGUGAUCCAGACUGCGUCUCUGAGGAGGAGGAGCAGCAGCCGUACCCGGCCCUGGCCCCCGUGGCCUUCUUCUGCUUAAAACAAACAACGAGGCCUCGCAACUGGUGUCUUCGCGUCGUCUGUAACCCGUGGUUCGAGCACGUAUCCAUGCUGGUGAUCCUGCUCAACUGCGUGACUCUGGGGAUGUUCCAGCCCUGCGAAGACGUCACCUGCCAGUCAGAGUGGUGCCGCAUCCUGCAGGUAUUGGACGACUGUAUCUUUGCUUUCUUUGCCGUGGAAAUGAUCAUCAAGAUGGUGGCCCUGGGAAUUUUUGGCACCAACUGUUACCUCGGUGACAAGUGGAACCAGCUUGACUUCGUCAUCGUCAUGGCAGGGGUGAUGGAGUAUUCUCUGGAUGGCCAUAAUGCCAGUCUGUCAGCCAUCCGUACCGUCCGAGUGCUCAGGCCACUGCGGGCCAUCAACAGAGUGCCAAGCAUGAGGAUCUUGGUGACGCUGCUGUUGGACACCCUUCCCAUGCUGGGGAAUGUUCUUCUUCUCUGCUUCUUUGUCUUUUUCAUCUUCGGCAUUGUGGGAGUCCAGCUGUGGGCGGGGCUUCUGCGCAACCGCUGCUUCCUGGGAGAGGACAUCAGAACAAUGUACAACAUGUCCAUAAGUCCUUACUACAUGACCGAGGAAGGGGAGGACAGCCCGUUCAUCUGCUCGGCUGCCCGCGAGAACGGGAUGCUGCGCUGCCACGACGUGCCGCCCUACGCCGAGGGCGGGGCAGAGUGCUCAUUGGCCGCUUCCCUCCAAAGUUCCGCUCUGACUGGGUCAGCCCCUGCUGUGGGCGGUGCCAGCGUUAAUGGCUGUGUUAACUGGAACCAGUACUAUAAUGUGUGUCGCCCCGGGGACCUCAACCCUCACAAGGGAGCUGUCAACUUUGACAACAUUGGCUACGCCUGGAUAGCCAUAUUCCAGGUCAUCACACUGGAGGGAUGGGUAGAUAUCAUGUACUAUGUCAUGGACGCUCACUCCUUCUACAAUUUUAUAUAUUUUAUACUGCUCAUUAUCGUGGGCUCUUUCUUCAUGAUCAACUUGUGCCUCGUGGUCAUCGCCACCCAGUUCUCCGAGACGAAGCAAAGGGAGAACGCCCUGAUGAGGGAGCAGCGCGCUCGCUACAUGUCCAACGACUCCACGCUCGCCAGCUACAGCGAGCCAGGCUCAUGCUACGAGGAGAUGCUGCGCUACAUCAGCCACCUCUAUCGCAAGCUAACACGCAGGCUGCAGAGGAUAUACUCUGGGUGGCACAGUAAAAGGCGUAAAAAGGUGAAUCCUAAUGGCAGUGGCGGAGGCAGUAACGGCGGGGGUAAUGGACACGGCCACGGUUCCAGCAGGGGCUGUGGAGGCUUAGGCCCAGGUAGCGCUUUGUGGCUGAGACCGAUCCACAACCUCCUGCAGCACCAUCAGCACCAGCACUGUCGCCUCAGCAACGGGGGGCAGCACACCAUCAGCGUGGCAACCGCCCAGCACACAGACGGAGAGGGAGGGGAGGAGCUGGAGAUGAAGACGCUUCCUGUCCGGAGAGGAAGCACAAACGGAAACGGCGGCGGCAGCCCCUCGGUCGUCACCCAGGGGAUGGGGGCGUUGCUCGGGCGACUGAAUGGGGGCAUGAACUAUCCGACUAUUCUGCCGUCGUUCGUGUGCAGCUACAGCAGUAAGACGCCGCCCCCCCACUCCCAGCAGUGCGGGCCCAGUCCGGAGCAGCACCCGCCAAACCACCCAGCAUCAGAGCACACAGAGACGCUGAACAAGCUCUACCAGCUGAUGGGACAGCACAGACGCCAGAGGCUGCUGUACCAGCUGGCAGGCGUGGUGCCCAGCCCUCUGCUGUUGGAGCUGCUCAGCUGCCCUAUGUGCGCCCGCAGCCUGGAGACCUUGGAGCUGGAACUGGGAGACCUGGAGGGAGGCAGGGGAGAGGCUGAUGGACUGCACGACUUCCCCCAGGCUGGGGAUCUGAGAGGCGGGCGAGGCCGCAGCAGGCGGCGGGGGGUCUUUGAGUACAGAAACGGAGUGGUUCGGGCCUGGGUAGGCUUCAGGGAAAAACUGAAGAGGAUUGUGGAAAGUAAAUACUUCAACCGAGGGAUCAUGAUCGCUAUCCUCGUCAAUACUCUCAGCAUGGGGAUAGAGUACCACGAGCAGCCUGAGGAGCUGACUGACGUGUUAGAAAUCAGUAACAUCGUUUUCACCAGUAUGUUUGUCCUGGAGAUGGGCUUCAUGCUGCUGGCCUUUGGCUUGUUUGGAUACAUCAGGAACCCAUACAACAUAUUCGACAGCAUCAUCGUUAUCAUCAGUGUGUGGGAGAUCAUUGGUCAAGCAGACGGUGGGCUGUCAGUCCUGCGAACAUUUCGCCUGCUGCGGGUUCUGAAGCUGGUUCGCUUCCUGCCUGCCCUGAGGAGACAGCUGGUGGUGCUGAUGAAGACCAUGGACAACGUGGCCACAUUCUGCAUGCUGCUGAUGCUUUUCAUCUUCACUUUCAGUAUACUGGGUAUGCACCUGUUUGGCUGUAAGUUCAGUCUUCAGACGGAGAACGGAGACACCAUCCCUGACCGCAAGAACUUUGACACUCUGCUCUGGGCCAUCGUCACUGUAUUCCAGAUCCUUACCCAGGAGGACUGGAACGUGGUGUUGUAUAACGGCAUGGCAUCCACCUCUCCAUGGGCGGCUCUCUACUUUGUUGCUCUCAUGACAUUUGGCAACUAUGUGCUCUUUAAUUUACUUGUGGCCAUCUUGGUUGAAGGCUUCCAGGCUGAGGGUGAUGCUAAUCGGUCGGAGUCAGAUGAUGAGAAGAAAUCAGACAACUUUGAGGAGGACGAGAAAGUAGAACAGCUCAGGGACACUGAGCUAAAAAUGUACUCGCUGAUGAUGACCGCCAACGGUCACAUUGACCCUCGUGGCUCGAUGGCUCCUCCUAUAAUCAUGCGCACGGCAGCCACACCCAUGCCCACUCCGAAGAGCUCCCUUGGACCUGAGUCUAUCCUUGGAGAGGACCUCAUAUACAGAGAGGCGGGGCCUCAAUUUGGCGAGGUGGGCCUGGGUUUUUCUGAGGCGGGAAUCAGUCACGCAGACUCUCGCCGUGGAAGCUCCACCUCCAUGGACCCUUUAGCCUACGAUCAGCGUUCUCUGAGCCUCUCAAGUCCCGGCCGGCGCUCCCCUCUUCCUCCCCGCUCGUGGGGAAGCCGCCGCUCCAGCUGGAACAGCCUGGGAAGAGCGCCGAGCCUCAAAAGGCGGGACACCAGCGGAGAGAGGGAGAGCCUGUUGUCUGGGGAGGGAGGAGAGGAGGAGGAUGGCGGGGAGGACAAGGGCGAGGCAGGGGGGAACAGCAUGCUGCGGCCGGAGCCCCUGGAGCUGCUGCAGGCGUCUACACUCUGCCCUUCCAUAAUAGCAGAGUAUGGUGACUGUAACGGGAGGACCCUGACCUACGACCCGGACGUGAACUCCGACCCCAAGGAUGACUCCUCGCCUGAGGACGACAUGGAUGAUGACAGUUCUUUGUGCUACUGGAUCAAGAAAGAGCUCCGCAACAUGAAGCCCCGCUGGUGCAAAGAGCAUGAAGACUGGACACUGUAUUUGUUUUCUCCAGAGAGCCUAUGCCGCGUGUGGUGCCAAAGUGUGAUCUCUCACAAACUGUUCGACCAUAUCGUUCUGGUUUUCAUCUUCCUCAACUGCAUCACCAUCGCUCUGGAAAGACCCGAUAUACAGCCUCACAGCACGGAGCGAGUGUUUCUGAGUGUGUCCAACUACGUUUUCACUGUGAUCUUCCUGGCAGAGAUGGCCAUCAAGGUUGUAGCUCUCGGUUUCUGCUUUGGGAAGCAGACGUACCUCCAGUCCAGCUGGAACGUUCUGGAUGGUCUGUUGGUGUUUGUGUCUCUCGUCGACAUUCUGGUCUCUCUGGCCUACACUGGAGGAAACAGGAUCCUGGGCAUCCUCAGAGUCCUACGCCUGCUACGAACACUACGCCCACUGAGGGUGAUCAGCCGAGCCCCAGGAUUGAAACUGGUCGUGGAGACGCUCAUCACCUCUCUUAGACCCAUCGGCAACAUCGUUCUUAUCUGCUGCGCCUUCUUCAUCGUCUUUGGCAUCUUGGGGGUGCAGCUGUUCAAAGGGAAGUUCUUCCACUGUGAAGGUCUGGACACGAAAAACAUCACCAACAAGUCCGACUGCCUGCAGGCCAACUACCGCUGGAUACGAAGGAAGUACAACUUUGACAACCUGAUCCAGGCUCUGAUGUCUUUGUUUGUGCUGUCCUGUAAGGACGGCUGGGUCAACAUCAUGUACGACGGGCUGGAUGCGGUGGGAGUGGACCAACAGCCCGUGAGGAACCACAACCCCUGGAUGCUGCUCUACUUCAUCUCCUUCCUGCUCAUCGUCAGCUUCUUCGUCCUCAACAUGUUCGUCGGCGUUGUCGUGGAGAACUUCCACAAGUGCCGGCAGGACCAGGAGGAGGAGGAGGCCCGCUUACGGGAAGAGAAGAGGCUCAAAAUGAUAGAGAAAAAGCGCAGGAGUAAGGAGAAUGGAGGGGCUGAGGCCAAGCAGAGGCCUUACUACGCCGACUACUCUCCCCUGCGCCUGUCCAUCCACACGCUGUGCACCAGCCACUACCUGGACCUCUUCAUCACCUUCAUCAUCUGCAUCAACGUCUUCACCAUGAGCAUUGAGCACUACAAUCAGCCACAGUAUUUAGAGGAAGUUCUGAAGUACUGCAACUAUGUGUUUACCUUCAUCUUCGUCAUCGAGGCCCUGCUCAAGCUUGUGGCAUUCGGCAUACACAGGUUCUUCAAAGACAGGUGGAAUCAGCUGGACAUAGCUAUAGUGGCGCUGUCCAUCAUGGGCAUCACCCUGGAGGAGCUGAAAAUGAGCGCAGCACUGCCCAUAAAUCCUACCAUCAUCAGAAUAAUGAGAGUACUGAGAAUAGCACGAGUGCUGAAACUUCUGAAGAUGGCUACAGGGAUGAGAGCUCUGCUGGAUACCGUCAUGCAAGCGCUGCCACAGGUGGGAAAUCUUGGUCUCCUCUUCAUGCUGCUCUUCUUCAUCUAUGCUGCGCUGGGAGUGGAGCUCUUUGGCAAACUGGAGUGCAACGACAACAACCCAUGUGAGGGUCUGAGUCGCCACGCGACCUUUGAGAAUUUUGGGAUGGCCUUCCUCACGCUGUUUCGAGUGUCCACCGGAGACAACUGGAAUGGGAUUAUGAAAGACACGUUAAGGGAAUGCCAUCCCGAGGACCGCCACUGUCUCACCUACCUGCCCUUGGUCUCUCCGAUCUACUUUGUCACUUUUGUGCUCAUGGCCCAGUUUGUGCUGGUCAAUGUCGUGGUGGCUGUUUUGAUGAAACAUUUAGAGGAAAGCAACAAGGAGGCUAAAGAGGAUGCAGAGAUGGAUGCAGAGAUCGCCCUGGAAAUGGCUUUGGAGCGGCAGCGCAGAGUAAGCACAACCUCCAACAACAGUUCAGCAGGAGGGACCUAUGUUGGGCCGUGUCCACAUUCACCUGGACAGGAGGAGGAGGUGCAGUACGGGGACCAGGACCUGCUGUCACCAAGGAAGAUGUCUGUAUCCAGGAUGCACUCUCUGCCUAACGACAGCUACAUGUUCCGACCCGUACGGCCCGCCAGCGCCCCCUACCCUUUGGAGGAGGUAGAGCUCAGUCCCCAGCACCAGCAUUCAGGCUCGGUGACGUCGGUCCACUCUCAGCCAUGUGACAGUCGCGCACUGCUGCAGGUGCCGGACGUUUCCCCCGUUCACCCCCGGUCACCGCCCACCCUCACCCUGCCCCGCAUCGCCCCGCCCACGCCCAGCCCCUCCCCCCGGUCCCUGCGCAGACAGGUGGCAGUUAAAGUGGAUUCUGUGGAGUCCCAGGGUUGUGAGCAACAGGAGAGGCCCAAUCCUAUCCACCUGCCUCCCCCCUCUCCUUCUCCCCUCUCUCCUCAUGCCUCCUCCCCGUCUCCCCUGCCACCUCCUCCUCCCUCCUCUCCCUCAGCCCUCUCUCUCCCACCCUGCUCCCCUUCUGCCUUCCCGCUCCCUCCACCCUCUCCUCUGCCACCUCUGGUGUUCUCCCCCUUUCCCCUUCCUCCUCCGCCAUCCUCCCCCUCGCUUCUUCUCCCUCCCCCUCCCUCCCCCCGUCUCCCCCUGCGCCCUCCCAGCCUUCGGCGACCCAGACCGCCCUCCGCUGCCUCCUUCUGCGACCCUGCGGAUGAGGAGGUGUAUCACAUCACCAGUUCGGCCCGCCACAGGUGGAGAGACGAGGAGGGGGGAGGGCAGGAUAUCAGAGGGAAGGCCGGCCGCAGCCACUCCCUCUCCCCGUACACCACCCCGCACUCUUCUGCCUCCCACUCCACCGCCUCACCUCCUCCUCCCCCGCUGCCACCCUCCACCUCCAGGAGUGCGCUCAGUCUACUCGGGGUGGGACUGAAGGACCGUGACUUUAGGAAAGGCCUCAGCGAGGACAAACAGGGCUUCCCGGACAGGCUGUCGUCAUUGUCUGCUGGUUACCCUGACGACCAGCGGCGCCACUCCAUCGAGGUCUGCCUCCCACAGGCUGUCAUAACCAGUGACGACCAACACUUCACGCGUGACGCCCACCGGUCGGAAAAGGGUGGCCAGGCAUUUCCUGUGAGGGUGCAGUCAGUCGGCGGGGGCCACAGAAAGAAGAAGAUGAGUCCUCCUUGUAUUUCCAUCCACCCGCCCUCAGAGAGGGAGCACCCCCAAGUUGCCUCACCCCCAAAACUGGCUGACUGCAGCAUGAUGCUGAGACGCAGGACACCGUCCUACGACUUGACCCCACACACACAGUCAAACACGCAAGACAUCUCGCCGGAGUUGCAGGUGCGCGGGCAGAUGCACGCCGCGCUCACACCCAUCCACCUCCCGCUGCAAGCACACUCACCGACACACACGCUGACGCCCUCCCGGGCGUCCACGCCGACACACACUCCGACAUACACUCCCCCGCAUGCAUCCACGCCUACGCACCCACACAUCCCGAUCAGCCCGAACAUCUUUAUCCAGCCCCACGCACCCCUUCUCCCCAACACAAUGCCUUUCUCGCAGACACACUCCCUCUCCCCAUCGGCAAGGCGCUCCCCUCUCACAGGGGACUACAUCCCCCUCCCCCAGUUCACCUUCGACCAACCGCAAUCCAGAUACAUGAGCGGCCUGUCAGCUGGCCUAUCAGACGCUGACUCAGCCACCUGCUCUUCCCCUUUCGACAGCAGACUGGGAAGCGGUGCGGGAUUCAGUGCAAAGAAUCGGAGGACCGCCCAAUGA